AAACACAUCCAGCUCCCAUCCAUCCGUCACCACUGGGGAGGAAAACAAGGAGGGAUCACCGGGAUUGCUUUAUCUGCCACGUCCGUGUCAGCACGCGUGAUUUAUUCACAUUACCAAUAAUAACAACAAGCCGCUGUUUGACAGAGACAACGCCAAGAGGACGCUCGGAUACCUGGAGGAAGACGGUAUGGGGGGACACACGGCGGCGUUUUUUCUCUUACUUGCGGCGACCUUGACACUCUCAUCCGAGGUGCCUGCUGAUGACUCGGUGGGUUUGCUAACCGAGCCGCAGGUGGCCAUGUUUUGCGGCAAGCUCAACAUGCACAUCAAUGUGCAGACUGGCAAGUGGGAAUCGGAUCCCUCUGGUUCUAAGAGCUGCGUCGGCACCAAGGAGGGCAUCCUGCAGUACUGCCAAGAGGUGUACCCAGAGCUUCAGGUCACCAACGUGGUGGAGGCCAACCAGCCCGUCAGCAUCCAGAACUGGUGCAAGAAAGGCCGCAAACAGUGCCGCAGUCACCCACUCAUUGUGGUGCCUUACCGCUGCUUGGUCGGGGAGUUUGUGAGCGACGCCCUUUUGGUUCCGGAUAAGUGUAAGUUCCUGCACAAGGAGCGUAUGGACCAGUGUGAGAGCCAUCUGCAUUGGCACACUUUUGCCAAAGAGUCUUGCGCGGACCGCUCCACGAAUCUCCAUGACUACGGGAUGCUAUGGCCGUGUGACAUCGACCGUUUCCGAGGUGUGGAAUUUGUGUGCUGCCCGGCUGAGGCCGAGCAGGAGUCGGAUAGCGCGGCGCUGGACGGGGAAGAGUCGGACGUGUGGUGGGGCGGAUCUGAGCCUAACGAGAACAACGAUAACAGCAUGACUCAGCAUGUCGACACGGAGCCCACCGCUGCAGAGGAUGAUGAGGAGGAGGAGGAGGAUGAUGAAGAUACUUUUGAAAGGGAUGGCGAAGAGGAGGAUGAGGAGGAGGAGGAAGAAGAAGACGACGGCAUGACCAAUGAGCGGGAUAGUGAUGAGCGCAAUGCGAACGUUGCCAUGACAACAACUACCACCACUGAAUCCAUUGAGGAGGUCGUCAGAGCCGUUUGUUGGUCACGUGCCGCAAAAGGCACGUGUGGUGCCAAGCUGGAGCGUUGGCACUUCGUGCCCAAAACGGGACGCUGUGCCCCCUUCUUGUUUGGGGGCUGCGGGGGCAACAGGAAUAACUUUGAUUCCGAGGAAUACUGCUUAGCCGUCUGCAGCAGCUCCUUACCCACCAUGAUGCCCAGUGCUCCUGAUGCUGUGGAUCAAUACCUGGAGUCUCCCGGCGACGACAGCGAGCACGGCGACUUCCAGAAAGCCAAGGAAAGCCUGGAGGCCAAGCACAGGGAGAAGAUGUCGCAGGUGAUGAGGGAGUGGGAGGAGGCUGAGAGGAAGGCUAAAAACCUGCCACGUGCUGACAAGAAAGCAGUCAUUCAGCACUUCCAGGAUAAGGUGGAGGCUCUGGAGCAUGAGGCUGCCGGAGAGAGGCAGCAGCUGGUGGAGACCCAUAUGGCCCGCGUGGAAGCUCUGGUCAACAGCCGCCGACGCAUGGCUCUGGAAAAUUACCUCAGCGCACUGCAGGGAAACCCUCCUCGGCCUCGCCAGGUGCUGAGCCUGCUGAAGAAGUACGUCCGGGCCGAGCAAAAGGACCGUCAGCACACAGUCAAACAUUACGAGCACGUCCGAACGGUCGACCCCAAGAAGGCUGCGCAGAUUCGGCCUCAGGUUUUGACCCACCUGCGUGUGAUUGACGAGAGGAUGAACCAGUCCCUGGGUUUGCUCUACAAAGUGCCCACUGUGGCCAACGAGAUACACAACCAAGUCUCUGUCAUCGUGCAGAGAGUCCAGUCCGAGCUGUCUCAGCAGGUUUCUUCCUUGCAGAGUGACACCAGGGUGGACAGGAUGAGCUACGGGAACGACGCCCUCAUGCCCGACCAGGCCUACAGCUUCGCUCCUAUGGACCCAAGCCUCGACAGGCUGGGCUUCAUCCACCCUGAGAGCUUCAACCAGCCCAACACUGAGAACCACGUUGAGCCUGUCGAUGCUCGCCCAGUUCCAGAUAGAGGACUACCCACACACCCUGGGUCUGCCCUGAAGCCAGAAGAGAUGCCCCAAGUGCGACUGGAGACAAAGGAGAGGCAAAGUGCUGGCUAUGAAGUCCACCAUCAAAAACUGGUAUUUUUUGCUGAGGAUGUGGGCUCCAAUAAAGGUGCCAUCAUCGGGCUGAUGGUGGGAGGCGUUGUCAUAGCGACCGUCAUUGUCAUCACCCUGGUGAUGCUGAGGAAGAAGCAAUACACUUCUAUUCAUCACGGCGUCAUCGAGGUGGACGCGGCGGUGACACCAGAGGAGCGUCACCUGGCCAAGAUGCAGCAGAACGGCUACGAGAACCCCACCUACAAAUUCUUCGAGCAGAUCCACAACUAAACAAAAGCCAACCACUCCGCAGGCUCUGUUCCUGUCUUGCUCCUCUCCACCCUUCUGUUUGUUUUUAAACGUUUGACUUGGAUGAAUCGCCGUGGUUUUAAAGUGAAGGAGCUGCGGGACAGAGCCGUGCGGAUCCCCCAGUUGCACAGCGUAUACUAACACUAAUUUCGGCAGACAAGGGUUACUCCGCGUCACCUGCACAUCUUAGCCACACCUGAACCCUUGCACAACUCCUUGACUGACUAUAGAUAUACAGUAUAUAUAGAGAGAAAGAAAUAUAUGAAGAAAAUCGUGUCAAUACAGCACUAUCCGCUAAAUAUUUCAACAUUGUAAAAAAAAUGAAAGAAAAACAAACAUAAGAAUGAAUACUGGCGGGGGUUUUUUCAAGUGUAACAUAUGAAGAAGGCGAUUAGCUGUUAAGUCGAUGUCGUGCAUGGCGGAUACAGUUAGCAUACAAGAACUUUCAGAUCAGGGGCGUCCAACGUUGUGAUGAACUGAAGUACUGCUACCUCGGGUUUCAUGAUCAGGCUGCUCCUGGACACACUAUCGUAUGAAAAGCCAAGCUAUUUCUCACAUAGGAAAUCUGUUUGACACCCAAACACAAGACUUUUUCAAAAGAAUAAUGAUCAUUUUACAGACAAACAAGACUUUUUCAAAAUAAAAAUGAUCAAUUUACACACGGAGAAUACUUUUUCAAAAUAAUAAUGAUCAUUUUACACACGGACAAGACUUUUUCAAAAUAAUAAUGAUCAUUUAACACACGGACAAGACUUUUUCAAAAUAAAAAUGAUCAAUUUACCCACGGACAAGACUUUUUCAAAAUAAUAAUUAUCAAUUUACACACGAACAAGACUUUUUCAAAAUAAUAAUGAUCAUUUAACACACAGACAAGACUUUCACAAGAAUAAUUAUCAUUUUACACACGAACAAGACUUUUUCAAAAUAAUAAUGAUCAUUUAACACACGGACAAGACUUUUUCAAAAUAAAAAUUAUCAAUUUACACACGAACAAAUGAUCAAUUUACACAGGGACAAGACUUUUUCAAAAUAAUAAUGAUCAAUUUACACACGGACAAGACUUUUUCAUAAUAAUAAUUAUCAAUUUACACACGGACAAGACUUUUUCAAAAUAAAAAUGAUCAAUUUACACACGGACAAGACUUUUUCAAAAGAAUAAUGAUCAUUUAACACACGGACAAGACUUUCAAAAUAAUAAUGAUCAUUUUACACACGGACAAUACAUUUUCAAAAUAAAAAUGAUCAAUUUACACACGGACAAGACUUUUUCAAAAGAAUAAUUAUCAAUUUACACACGGACAAGACUUUUUCAAAAUAAUAUUGAUCAAUUUACACACGGACAAGACUUUUUCAAAAUAAUAAUGAUCAAUUUACACACGGACAAGACUUUUUCAAAAUAAUAUUGAUCAUUUAACACACGGACAAGACUUUUUCAAAAUAAUACUGAUAAUUUAACAUACGGACAAGACUUUUUCAAAAUAAUAAUUAUCAAUUUACACACGGACAAGACUUUUUCAAAAUAAUAAUGAUCAAUUUACACACGGAAAACACUACAAAAUGCAUAUGAAUAACGAAGGAAAUGAAGAAAUGAGCAUUUAACAUCACUUUUGACCUUUUUACUGAGGACUCUUGACGGGAAUGAAGAAGCCCUUGGAUUGUAUGGCUAGACUUACUUAACAGUGUGGUGCGUUCAAUGACAAUGUGAAAACACGGUCUCUUGUUGACUUUGAUUAAACCGCAACUUUUUUGGGGGGGGCUAUUUUGCAGCUGUACUCAAUUAAAACAAGGGAGUCGUCAAUGCGGGUUUAGCUACUAAAACCAGGAUAUAUUUUUGGUGAAAAUUUUCGCCGAAAACCUCGGUAUCUAUUGAAAACCUGAUAUUUUGUGUCAAUGUUGACAAGCAUCAAAAUUCCGCACCACUGCCCUGAUGUAGGUAUUAUUUUUCUUAUUCCAGCCUUUCUUUGACUGGUUUUUUUCCUCCUACAUUUCUGAACCAAUUCAUAUUGAUGAAAGACCAACAUUUUCAGCUAAUUCCAAACUCGUUAAAGUUGUUGUAUAGCUAAUUUUUGCUGGUAGACACCUCAGAGUCAUAGACUUUUUGGUACUUGAUGCAUGUUAACUGUUAGCACUUUCAGUUAAUUUUGCAGGCACACACAUCAGUCAUAUAAUUUCAUACUCGACACAUGCUAACUGUUAGAAUGCUUAAAAUGAGCAGGUUAGCUUUUUUCCCCAGCAAAUUUCCCAGUUAUACAUCUCAGAGUCAUAAUUUGAUAUUUUACACAAAUGCUAACUGUUAGCAUUUUCAGUUAAUUUUGCAGGCACACACAUCAGUCAUGUAAUUUCAUACUCGACACAUGCUAACUGUUAGAAUGCUUAAAAUGAAUUUUUUUCAGAAAGCUUCACAAUUUUAUACAUCUGAGAGUCAUAAUUUGAUACUUUACACCUGCUAACUGUUAGCUUUUUCAGUUAAUUUUGCAGGCACACACGUCAGUCAUAUAAUGUAUUACUUGACAAAUGCUCACUGUUAGAAUGCUAAAAUGAACAUGUUAGCUUUUUUCCAGAAAAUUUCAGUUAUACAUCUAAGAGUCGUAAUUUGAUAUUUGACACAUGCUAACUGUUAGCAUGUUAGCUUUUUUAAAGCUAAUUUUGCAUAUAUUUGGCAGUGCUUGAUAGAUGCUAACUGUUAGCACGAUAAUGUUGGAAUGCAAAUUUUUUCGCUUGUUUUGCUGAUAGGCGAUUUAGUGUGGUAUAUUUUGUCAAAUGUUGCUAUCUGGCCACCGUGCUACCAAUCCAUGUUGGGCUUUUUUUGCAUUUACACGCAAUUUCUUCCGACAUUCCAUAUUGUAGUUACUGAAUGAGUUGCUGGCGCCAGCAUUCUGCAUAAAAUCACCUCGUUGUCAAAAUAGGGUGACAAAGAAAAUUUGCGCAAUAUCUAGUAAUAUAACUCCUUUAUAGUUUAAUCAUUGUAUUUUAUUUUACAAAUGUGCAGAGGGCCAACAAGCAAAGCACGAAAAAUGGUCUGCAUUUUGGACCCCCCCCUGUCUAGGACCUUUUGUCAGGAUUGUACAUUUCUAGUGUCUUUCUUUGUGACCUUGUGUGAUAUGAAGAGGAAGAAAAAUACUCGCUUUAAACCGCUCUUUUAUUUUUUGUUUCUAAAAAAGAUCUCCAUGCUUCACUGUUGCUUUAGCUGCAUGGGCAAAGAAUACAAAUACUCUAUGUAAUAUAUGACGUUGUAUUAGUAUCCGAAAGGAAGAUGAUUGUGUUAUACUGUUUGCGUUUUAUGCACUCCUGUCUUUUUUGUGUGAGGUAAUGGGGAAACAUCACCACCACAUUGUAUAGUAAAACUAAGCACGGUCAAGAAAAUACUCUCUUAUGGACAAUUAUCAUGCAAGUUGGCCAUUGUGCUUCCAAGCUGCAUGAUAUAUUUGAUCACAGUAAUUAUUGACCCGAAUAUAAGACAACCCUGAAUAUUGAACAUGUCUUUUCAAGACUUCUUUGUUAAAUAAGUGAAAGAUUGCAAUACAUAUACAUUUUUUUUAUGAAUAGUCGACAGUUGUAAUAUUGACAAGACUCAUCUGUUGGUUUGCAUGGUUUAUUCUUCAGACAUUGAAGAUAAGGCAACCUGUGUUUUCAGUUCGAUUUUCUCAUUCUAUGGUUAUCGCCUAGCUUUGGAAGUUCCACUGGAUUAGGAUUGUAUUUUUUAAUUUCCCCUUUCUGCUAUUUGUUUCUUCAUCCCAUUGUAAGUAAGCAAGCAUCCGCCAUCUUGUCCCCUCUGUCUUCAACACACAUAUCAUAUCACCACAUUGACAUGUGGAUUAAAGAUCUUAUUCAGGUAAAUGUUUCAUUCAAAAGAAAAAAUAUAUAUUUCCCCCCCAUUUCGCUGUGUAGUUAAAUGAAAUUUGCUUAAAAAAAAGUUUCUACUUCCACAAUAUCAUGAAUAAAAUUUUGAAUGUAUAUACCUGGCAGAUGUUGUGAAUUAAUGAAUAACAUACAGUUCAGAAAAAAAUGCUUGCCACUUUAUUCCCUCCUUGUGGACAUUUUUCUUUAUUUCUAAAAAAAAAAAAAGGGUCCAAAAAUGUAGGGAACAUGGACUAAAAUAAAAAUACAAAAAGGGUAUUUCUAUAAAAGGAAAAAAUAUGAAAAUACACAUGCCGUCGCGGCUAUCAAAAACAUGAAGCGUGGGUUUAUGUACAGUGGGCUGUUGUACGCUACGGACGAGGAAGACGGGUUAACAUGAGUUCAGUCACAUUCAAGCAUUCGUUUCACCGUGAAUCACAUGCGGACAUUUUACCCUCUUCGGGUUUAAAAAGCUGUAACAAACUUGGCGUGUCAGAAGGUAAAGAGUUCAGAGGAGAGUUUGUACAUGGCCUUCAACUGUCCUUGUCCAGCGUGGUGGUGGCCAGCGUCACCGUGGUGAUGGGCUGGUGGUGCAUCUGCAUCCGCGACAUUUUCUUCUGCUCGCAUUCUGUCACCAGGCCGUUGAGCUCGGCGGCGCUGUAGCCGAUCAGAGUCCUCAGGUCGCACACAAAUUUGUAGACGAAGCGCUUGCCUUGCACCUUGCUGAUCAUGUCGCCGUCGUAGUAAUACCUGCGGGAAAUAUGUGAAAUCCAACGAUAAAUGAAGACUACCAGAACUUUGCAUGCAUCGAUAUAUUGCCAUGUCUGUCAGUGUUUCCCACACAUUCAUUUAUUUGUGGCGGCCCGCCACGAAAGAAUUACGUCCGCCACAAAUUAAAAAAAAUAAAAUAAAAAAAU